AUGGCAUCAUCCGAGGAGCCCACGGCGAACGGCGACGGCAGUCCUCGCAAAUCUCCACGCAACAGCAAGGGCUGGGAUGGCAAACUCAGGCUCGAAAAGAAGGCGCUCAUAACCAAUCCAGAGGCGCUGUCGGAUCCGGAGUACUCGGAUGAGGAUGCACCGCCUGUGGAGCAGAUCGCGGCGGAUGAAGGUGUGUCUCCCCGGUGGCACCAGCCCUUCACCGGCAGAAACAAGAAUGGCACCACUGACAGCGGGUGGUACGCAGACUUGCUGGAGGAAGAGCCUGAAGAUACGGAUGCACGUGCCCUAUGUCAAAGAGGACGGCAGUACCGCAUAAUCAUGGCGUCAAUACCCGCGCUGAAACUCGAACGGUUCAAGCAGCUUCAGAAAAUAUGCCUCCGCCAGAACCAGAUCAGCAGUAUCGAGCUACCCGGCAGCCUGGGCCCGAAGCUGAAAGAGCUCGACCUCUACGACAACCUCAUCUCGCACAUCAACGGCCUUGACGACCUCACAGAGCUCACAAGCCUGGACCUAAGCUUCAACAAGAUCAAACACAUCAAGCGGGUCAACCACCUCAAAAAGCUGAAGCACCUCUACUUCGUACAGAACAAGAUCUCCACAAUCGAAGGUCUCGACGGUCUCAGUGACCUCGAAGAGCUUGAACUGGGCGCAAACCGUAUACGAACAAUAGAAAACCUGGAAACUCUCACCUCCCUCGAAAAGCUCUGGCUCGCCAAAAACAAAAUCAGCACCCUCGGAAACCUAACUCCCCUCACCUCCCUCAAAAUCCUCUCCAUCCAAGCAAACCGACUAACCGCCAUAACCGGCCUCGAGACCCUGACCUCGCUGGAACAACUCCACAUAUCCCACAACGCCCUCACAUCCCUUUCCGGCCUCUCCACCCUCGUAAACCUGCGCACCCUUGACAUCUCCAACAACCCGCUCACGCAUCUCACCGGCCUCUCCGCCUGCGUGCACCUCGAAGAGCUGUGGGCGGGCUACUGCCAGUUUUCCGAUUUCGGCGAGGUUGAGCACGAGCUAGGGGAUAAGGAGGAGCUGGAGACUGUUUACUUUGAGGGGAAUCCGUUGCAGACGAGGCAGCCGGCGUUGUAUAGGAAUAAGGUUCGUUUGGCACUGCCGAGGAUCAGGCAGAUCGAUGCUAGUGAGUGCCCUUUUCCUUUCCUCGUUCGGUGCAGUGGUGUUGGGGACGAGGAGAGAGCGAUGCUGACAGUGAUAUAG